AUGCCGCCUGGAAGAGGCCGAGGCAGCUUUCAAAGCCGCGGUGGGAGUCGCCAUGCUGGUGGCGGCAACCGGGGGCGCGGGGGUGCUGCAGCGGUAGCUCACAAAUCCGCCCCUGCGCGAGUGACGCGCUCCGCCGUGCCCGCCUUCCCAGUUGUAUCUCGCGGCGGUGAACCCGCUGAGCCGACGACCUCAUCUGCGCGUCUUGCGCCGCUCCAGCGGACGCUGCAGCGGCAAGAGCCGCAAGGCAGCCGCAGCACGCAUGACGACGGCGGUGACGACGCCCCACCGGUGGCGGUGAGCGCGCGUCGUGGACCGGCGUCAGCGGGCGAGGAAGAGAGCGGCGGCUUUAUCCCACCUAGGUCGCAGAAACAGCAGCGCGGCCGCGGCCGCGCCGUGGAUCGUGGCGGCUGCGGACGGGGUGACGGGGGUGGCGGUGCUCGAGGACGCGGCGGCGAAGGCGGGUUUCCUGGCGAUCGUGGCGGCUUCCGCGGUCGCGCCUCUGCGUCGUCCGCUUCCGCCUUCUCGUCUCGUGGCCGCGGGCGCGGCGGCUCUCCGUAUUCCCCGCACCGCGGUGGGCAUGAUAGCAGUGCCUCUCACCAUGGCGAGGAAGAUCACGAUAGCGACGAGGAGGCGGGCUUCGAUUCGAACGCAGCUAAGAGUGGCCCUCGCACCCACGUCAUCACCACCGUAACUGCCAGCGGCACGGAGCUUCCGAAGAAGCUCAACACGAAGGUUUUCAUCGAUGGCCUGCCGUACACGUACGCCGCCGAGCCUGGGAAGCCCACGCUGGAAGAAGAGGUGCUACAGUUCGCGUCGGCGUGGAAGGUUGGCAAGCCGCUGCGUCUCAUUAAGAAGCCUGGGCAGGGAUUUGGCUUCCUCGUGCUUCAGUCCCCCAACAGCGUCUCCACCGCCGUGCGGGUGCUGAAUGGCCGCAAGUUCCUCGGCCGCACCCUCCGCGUUGAGGAGCCGAAGCCGAAGGACUUGGAAAAGAUGAAGGACAUUGGUGGGAUGAAGGACAUGGGGAAGGACAGCUUCAGGCGACAGGUGCUGCUCACAGACUUGGCCAAGGUGGCGCAGCCAGAGAUCAUCCGCGAGGUACUGCGCGACGUUGCCCCGCAGCUGGAGAAGAAGCUGGAGGCGAUUAAAAUGACCUCGCAGAACCGCAAAGCCUUCCUGACCUUCGAGACGGAGGCGGAGGUGACGCCGGCCAUUACCUUCCUCGACGGCUUUCACCUCCUUGGGCGGCGUAUCAGCGCCACGAAGGCGGCGGCGCCCGGCUCGCUGCCCUACUCACACGGUGUCGUCAGGACGUCACACGGGGCUGGCGGGCUUGCUGGCAAGAGCACCGCGGCUGUCUCGCCCGCGGCCGGCGGGCCUGCGGUUGCGGAGGCUGAUGACGACGAGGAGCUCACCGUCAUGCCGCUCGGCUUGGAGCCGGCCAAGGUGGCCUCUGCCGUGACCCGUCGCUGCGCACAUGUCGAAAAUGCGUCAGCUUCUGCCACCGGUGCGGCGAGUAACGUCACGGGGCGGACGGAGAAGUACAACCUCCUCGACGACGGCCCCAAAGACAUUUAUGUGGGGAACGUCGGUGAGGAUGUGACGGAGGCGAUGCUGCGGCAGCACUUCGCGCCGUGCGGGGCAAUCCGCAAGUGCGAGAUCCUCGUGCACCCAGAGACGCACCUAUCCAUUGGUAUUGCCCACAUCGAGUUUGCGCUGCCAGCCUACGCUGCAUAUGCGCAGGAGCGCUAUCACGGCUCGCGUCUACGCGGCUGCGUCCUUCGCGUGGAUCGCGGCGAGACGGCAAGUGGGCCUCUUGUGGCGGAGUUGCCUCCGGAGGAGGCGGAGGAGGACUAUGACGAGGACGUUUACAUGGAGCGCUACGGCGUGAAGGACAAAAGGAAGUACUUUAAGGGCACGUCGGUCGCGGCCGCGAUGGGCGCUGACCCGAACGCGGACGAUGAUGAAGACGACGGCAGCGACAUUGAGGACGCGCUCACGGGACGCGCCAAGAACGCCUCGAGCAAGAAGAACGGCAAGCGCGAGCGUGGGGAUGCCAAGGCGGCGGCACGGGAGCCGGCAGCGGCAGCGAAGCGCCAGCGCACCGAGGCUCCGGCAUCAAGGGCCAAGCCAGCCAUAGCCGUCGUGGCUGCCAACGACAACGACGACGACGACGAGGAGCACUUCUUCGAUGCGGAUACCGUCGCGGUUGCAGGUGCCGGAGCCUCGUCUCGUGCCUCGGGGCAGAAGACGGUGAAAAAGAUCGCUGCUGAUAAGCGACGAUCUGGCAAGGGCAACCAUAAGAAGGCGAAGAAGCGGUGA